GGCGAAGAAGAACGACUCAGCUCGUUCUCUCUCCUGUGUCUGGAGUAGUGUUUUCUGUGCUGUGGACCUCUUGUACAUGCCAGUUAACUUCAGCUGGGUCUCGUAACCACCUGUGUGGAAGCCGGAUUUUGCAGUAUGGCGUUAAAUCUCACCAUCAACACAAGCAAUCCUCCUCUCGGGGCACUUCUGACAGCUGAACAUGUGAAGAGCAGUGUGCAGGUAUCAGUGGAGGAAGGCAAAGACACGCGGCUUCACAUCUCAGAUUCAGUCCAGUUCAGCGAUGACAACUCUAUCUGUCGCUACUUGGCUCGGGUUGCUCCUGCUCUUGGCCUGUAUGGAUCCAACAUGAUGGAGCAGACUGAGGUUGACCACUGGCUGGAGUUUAGUGCUCGCAGUCUGUGUAAUCAGCCAGAUUUGACUGUGGCACUGGCUGAACUGGACAAGGCUCUCUCACUGCGGACCUUCCUGGUUGGGCAUGCCCUCACCCUGGCUGAUCUGUCUGUCUGGGCUGCUCUCAAAGAUCAUGGGGAAUGGCCAAAGCAGGGCAAAUCCUUUUCCCAUGUCAGCCGCUGGUUCUUCUUCCUGAGCUCACAAGUUCCUUUCACUGCUGUAGGCAACAAGUACACCAGUAAGAAGGCUUCAAUGAACAAAAACAAAUUGGAAGGGAAAAAGGCGGAUGUCGGGAAGUUUGUGGAAUUGCCAGGAGCUGAGAUGGGCAAGGUGGUGGUUCGGUUCCCUCCUGAGGCCAGCGGAUACCUGCACAUCGGACAUGCCAAGGCUGCCCUGCUCAACCAGCACUACCAGGUCACAUUUAAAGGCAAGCUCAUCAUGCGCUUCGAUGACACCAACCCUGAGAAGGAGAAGGAGGACUUUGAGAAGGUGAUCCUGGAAGAUGUUGCCAUGCUCCAGAUCCGUCCAGACCAGUUCACUUACACCAGUGACCACUUUCCCACUAUAAUGAAGUUUGCAGAGAAGCUGCUUGCUGAGGGCAAAGCUUACAUCGACAACACCCCACCUGAGCAGAUGAAGCAGGAGAGGGAGCAGCGUGUUGAGUCCACCUGCAGAAACAAUUCCGUGGAGCAGAACAUGAAGAUGUGGUCGGAGAUGAAAGCGGGAACAGAGUACGGUCAGACAUGCUGCAUGAGGGCAAAGAUUGACAUGAACUCCAACAAUGGCUGCAUGAGAGACCCCACCCUCUACCGCUGCAAGAACGCAGCCCACCCUCGCACAGGAAACACCUACAACAUCUACCCAACAUAUGACUUUGCCUGCCCCAUUGUGGACAGCCUAGAGGGCGUUACCCAUGCUCUUAGGACCACUGAGUAUCAUGAUCGUGAUGAGCAGUUCUACUGGAUAAUCAAUGCUCUGGGCCUCAGGAAGCCCUACGUCUGGGAGUACGCCAGACUCAACCUCAACAACACGGUGCUCUCCAAGAGGAAGCUCACCUGGUUUGUUGAUCAGGGAUAUGUUGAUGGAUGGGAUGAUCCUCGGUUCCCCACUGUCAGAGGAGUGCUGAGAAGAGGAAUGACUGUGGAGGGUCUGAAGCAGUUCAUAGCAGCCCAGGGUGGAUCAAGGUCUGUGGUUAACAUGGAGUGGGACAAGAUCUGGGCCUUCAAUAAGAAGCUGCCCGUUAGCUGUCUGAAGGUUAUAGACCCGGUAGCUCCCAGGUACACAGCUCUAUCCAGCUCCUAUGUGGUGCCAGUGUCUGUCCCAGAGGCUACAGAGGAGAUGAAGGAAAUUGCCAAACAUCCCAAGAAUGCCGAGGUUGGGAUGAAGGAGGUUUGGUAUGGUCCUAGAGUUCUGAUUGAAGGAGCCGAUGCUGAGACUUUCACAGAGGGAGAGACGGUUACUUUUAUCAACUGGGGCAACCUCAUCAUCACCAAGAUCAACAAAGGGGCUGAUGGAAAGGUUUUGUCCAUGAAGGCAAGCUUGAAUCUGGACAACAAAGACUACAAGAAGACAACAAAGAUCACUUGGCUGGCUGAAACAAACAAUUCCCUCCCAGUGCCAGCCAUCUGCGUCAACUAUCAACCACUCAUCUCCAAAGCUGUCAUCACCAAAGACGACAACUUCAAGGACUACAUUAAUAAACAUAGCAAGUUGGAAGAAAAGAUGCUUGGUGACCCCUGUUUGAAGAACCUGAAGAAAGGUGACAUCAUCCAGCUCCAGAGGCGGGGCUUCUACAUCUGUGACCAGCCUUAUGAGCCACUCAGUCCCAACAGCUGUAAGGAGAGUCCUUGUGUGCUCAUCUACAUUCCAGAUGGCCACACUAAGGAGAUGCCAACAGCUGGAUCCAAGGAAAAGAGCAAGACUCAGGCUUCUGACAACACACCUGCCAGCCCUGCCAAGGCUCCUAAAACCUCUGUGCCAGCCCCAGCAGCUGACCUGUUCUCAAGCAUUGUAGCACAGGGCGAAGCUGUCCGCCUGCUCAAAGCUGCCAAAGCUCCCAAGGAUGAAGUGGACAAGGCUGUUAAGCAGCUGCUUUCUCUAAAGGAGCAGUUUAAGCAGCAAACCGGUGUGGAAUACAAGCCAGGCAUGGCUCCUCCAGCCUCAACGCCAGCCCCAUCUACCUCUUCCUCAGACUCCACGUCCUGCCCAUACAGUCGUGUUGUCCAGCAGGGUGAGCUGGUCAGGAAAUUGAAAGCAGAGCAAGCACCAAAGGACCAGAUUGACACUGCAGUAAAGCAGCUCCUCGCUCUCAAGGCAGAGUUUAAAAAGAUCACCGGUCAGGAUUAUAAACCAGGGAUGGCCACACCCGCCCCCUCUGCUUCAUCUCCCGUGACUGCCACCUCUUCUUCCUCGCCACCUUCUUCUUCGGGCCUGUAUGAACAUGUUGCACAGCAAGGAGAAGUAGUGAGGAAACUGAAGUCGGAAAAAGCCCCCAAGGACCAGCUUGAUGCAGCAGUGAAACAGCUGCUUGCUUUGAAGGAAGAGUACAAACGUAUCACAGGCCAGGAGUAUAAGCCUGGAGCGGCCCCACCUCAGAAAGCACCCGCUCCAGUCCAGAAUGGCUCCACCAAUGACCUCUAUGAGAAGGUCACUGAACAAGGAGAACUGGUCAGAAAACUGAAGGCUGAAAAAGCUCCUAAGGAUCAAGUAGAUGCUGCAGUGAAGCAGUUGCUGGCUCUGAAGGCAGAGUACAAACAGAAUACUGGAAAAGAUUACAAACCGGGAUUACAAGCCCCAGCUACCCCAGCCCAGACCCAAACCCAGGCCAGCUCAGCCUCCACUCAGUCUAACUCCUCUCUUCAGGCCCAGGAGCUGUUCUCACAGGUGUCCCAGCAGGGAGACCUGGUGAGGAAGCUAAAGUCUGAGAAGGCCCCCAAGGACCAGGUGGACGAAGCUGUGAAGACUCUACUGGACCUGAAGAGCAAGUACAAGACUCUCACUGGACAAGACUACAAACCAGUGGCUGCUGCUGGUGGUACAGGAGGAGAGGACAAAAACCGCAAGGAGAAGGAGAACAAGUCUGAGAAACAGGGUGGAGGAGGAGGAGGGAAGAAGGGUAAAGGAGACAAAGGAGGCCAGAGCAAGGAGUCCUCCGGAGGAGCAGGAGGUGCAGGAGAGGGUCAAGGACCCAAGAAACAGACACGGUUGGGUCUGGAAGCCAAAAAAGAGGAGAACCUGGCUGACUGGUACUCUCAGGUCAUCACUAAAGCUGAGAUGAUUGAGUACUAUGACGUCAGCGGUUGCUAUGUGCUGCGACCCUGGGCUUUCUCAAUCUGGGAGUCUAUUAAAGACUUCUUUGACAAGGAAAUUAAGAAACUGGGUGUGGAGAACUGCUACUUCCCUAUGUUUGUCUCUCAGGCAGCUUUGGAGAAGGAGAAGUCCCACAUUGCAGACUUUGCUCCAGAGGUUGCUUGGGUAACUCGGUCAGGAAAGACUGAGCUUGCAGAGCCCAUCGCUGUCAGACCCACCAGUGAAACAGUGAUGUAUCCAGCCUAUGCAAAGUGGGUCCAGUCUCACAGAGACCUGCCAAUCAAACUCAACCAGUGGUGUAACGUUGUGAGAUGGGAGUUCAAACAUCCCCAGCCUUUCCUGAGGACAAGAGAGUUCCUGUGGCAAGAGGGCCACACAGCAUUUGCCACAAAGGAGGAGGCAGCUGAGGAGGUUCUGCAAAUCCUGGAUCUAUAUGCCAGGGUGUAUGAGGAGCUAAUGGCCAUCCCUGUGGUAAAAGGGAGGAAGACUGAGAAGGAGAAAUUUGCAGGAGGAGAUUACACAACAACCGUGGAGGCAUUCAUCUCUGCCAGCGGCCGAGCCAUUCAGGGUGCUACGUCCCACCAUCUGGGCCAGAACUUCUCCAAGAUGUUUGAGAUUGUGUUUGAGGACCCCAAGAGGCCGGGCGAGAAGCAGCUGGCUUUCCAGAACUCGUGGGGAAUCACAACCAGGACCAUCGGUGUUCUCACCAUGGUCCACGGAGAUAACAUGGGACUCGUGCUGCCACCCAGAGUGGCUUGCCUCCAGGUUGUCAUCAUUCCUUGUGGGAUCACCGCAACCUUGCCAGAACAGGAGAAGGAGGUGCUGUUGGCUCAGUGCACCAAAUACCUGAAAAGGCUGCAGGAGGCUGGGAUCAGGGUGAAGUCUGACGUCCGAGACAAUUACUCACCUGGCUGGAAGUUCAACCACUGGGAACUCAAGGGAGUGCCUAUCCGACUGGAAGUGGGCCCUAAAGACAUGCAGCAGAAGCAGUGUGUCGCAGUGAGGAGAGACUCAGGAGCAAAGGUGACAAUACCAGAGGCUGAAGUGGAGAAGAAUCUGCUCAACAUGCUGGAGGACAUCCAGAACAGCCUGUUCAAAAAAGCUUCAGAUGAUCUGAAGAGUCACAUGGUGGCUGCAGACACAAUGGAGCAGUUCCAGAAAGAGUUGGACCAGGGCAAGAUUGUCCAGAUCCCAUUCUGUGGAGGAAUUGAAUGCGAGGACUGGAUCAAGAAAAUCACUGCUAAGGACCAGGACCUGGAGCCUGGUGCUCCGUCCAUGGGAGCCAAGAGCCUCUGUAUCCCAUUCACUCCUCUGAAGACCCUCCAACCUGGACAAAAGUGUGUCAGCGGCAAGGAGCCGGCCCAGUACUACACUCUGUUUGGACGUAGUUACUGAGCACCUGCUCUUCUGGGGCAAGAGAAUAAGCAUCUUAGUAGAAAAGGGCUUUCCCACCUUCUCUGUAACUGUUUUUCCUUCUUGGUGUUUAACUUAAGUGAGGUGACUAAACUUUGGGAUUCAGGAAGGGAACAUGCUCUCUUUGUUUUGUUUUGGGUUUUUAAAAAAAAACAACAACAACAUGUCAUCAUUGUUACAACACUUUGGAAAUGGAGCGGAGACAAGAGAUGUUUACUCUUAUAGCCGUUAAUAUCUAAAUUGUUGAUUAUCCUCUAAAGGGCCUGUCAGAAAGAGACUCGCUGUCCAGAGGGGGACACAAGAAUGGAAAUGGCCAGGAGUUAGGCAGGUGUGUCAGCAUCAAACAUCUGAUGAGUGAAAGCAGCAAUUGUACUUUAUCUGGACUUUGAAAAAUAUUCAAGAAAGUGGUUUUAAACUCCAUACCUAAAAUGCAAGAUUUUCUGUACUUGAAAAUUGAUGAAUUAAGGAUGUUUGGCCUUUUUGUAAAACUCUCAAAGGAGAAUGUUACUGAUGGGGAGGGGACAUCCUGAGAACUACAAUGUCUCUUUGCCUGGCAACAGCCCCAUCUCCCUCACAGCCAGACUAUCUCAGGAACUCUGCAAGCACUCUUGCGGUUUUGCAGUUUUGUCAGCCCUGCUCUGUCUGUAUGGUUACAGUAUGUGGCUUUAUAUUUAACGGCUUAAAAAAAUCUCUUAUCCACCAGAGCCAAAUGGUGCAGCUGUGAUGAACCAUGUGUAUUGUCAAUAUCGCCUUCUGUCUCUUCUCUCACAUGAAAGAUCUCUGCUGCCUGUCUAAAAUAAAGUAAUUUCCAUGGCAAACUA